UUCAGAGUCAAUUGUCACAUUUCAUUAUUCGCGACAGCCAAGAUUAGCCGCAACUAGCGUGGAAGCAAAGGCAAAACCAAAUCCAUGUCCGAUAGGCCAUUUCUACUUGCCGAUCCCACCUUCUAUAAAGAGACAAACCUCCAGGCGCUGAUCCUCAUGGGUGACUCACUCUCUCUUUGAAGUUCUCGCUCAUCACUUCCCUCGUCUGCCUGUUGUGUCUAGAUUGAAUGUUGUGAACAAACUAUGGGUUCCAAGCCUUCACGCAGUGUUGCUCUGAUCCAACUCCUUACAGUGUUUUAUCUUCUCUGUCAAUGCUUUGCUGUUAAAGUUGAUGCAGAGCAGAACGCUGCGCUAGUUGUAGAUGCUUCUGGUGCAUCUGGAAAGCCCAUACCUGAAACAUUUUUUGGAAUAUUCUUUGAGGAGAUCAAUCAUGCUGGUGCUGGGGGAUUGUGGGCAGAGCUUGUGAGCAACAGAGGUUUUGAAGCUGGUGGUCCUAACGUUCCAUCGAAUAUUGAUCCUUGGACAAUUAUUGGAAAUGAAUUAACUAUAAAUGUAUCAACUGAUCGUACCUCAUGCUUUGAACGUAAUAAGGUAGCAGUACGAUUGGAGGUUCUCUGUGACAGUGAAGGUGACAAUACCUGCCCAGCUGAUGGUGUUGGCAUUUACAACCCCGGUUUCUGGGGCAUGAAUAUUGAGCAAGGGAAGAAAUACAAAGUGAUCUUCUAUGUUCGUUCCACUGGACCAAUUAAUCUGAAAGUUUCAUUGACGGAUUCUAAUGGUGUAGCAAAGAUUGCUUCGACUGACAUCAAAGCUUCUGCAUCUGAUGUUUCAAACUGGACAAAGAUGGAGACUGUACUAGAAGCGAGUCAGACAAAUCACAAUGCAAGACUUCAAUUCACGACAACCAGCAAAGGUGUACUAUGGCUGGAUCAAGUGUCUGCUAUGCCCACAGACACAUAUAAGGGACAUGGUUUCCGGAGUGAUCUUGCCAAAAUGCUGGAAGAUUUAAAGCCAAGUUUUAUGAGAUUUCCAGGUGGCUGUUUUGUUGAGGGAGAAUGGUUAAGAAAUGCAUUUAGGUGGAAAGAAACCAUUGGACCUUGGGAAGAAAGACCCGGGCAUUUUGGUGAUGUUUGGAUGUAUUGGACUGAUGAUGGACUUGGCUAUUUUGAGUUUCUUCAACUAGCAGAGGACCUUGGCACAUUGCCAAUAUGGGUAUUUAACAAUGGUAUCAGCCAUAAUGAUGAAGUUGACACAUCCGCCGUUUUACCUUUUGUGCAAGAAGCCCUUGAUGGAAUCGAGUUUGCCAGAGGUGAUCCAACUUCAAAAUGGGGUCGCGUUAGAGCUGCUAUGGGACACCCAGAGCCAUUUAACUUGAAAUAUGUUGCUAUCGGGAAUGAGGAUUGCGGCAAGAAAAAUUACCAAGGAAACUACCUUAAGUUCUACAAUGCAAUCAGAAGUGCCUAUCCAGACAUCCAAAUGAUCUCAAAUUGUGAUGCUUCUUCUAGACCACUGGCUCACCCAGCUGAUUUUUAUGAUUAUCAUGUUUACACUAGUGCCAAUGACAUGUUUACAAGGGCUCAGGUAUUUAACCGCGCAUCACGUGACGGUCCAAAGGCUUUUGUCAGUGAGUAUGCAGUCAAUGGAAGAGACGCUGGGACAGGAAGCCUUUUAGCAGCCCUAGCUGAAGCAGGAUUCCUAGUUGGACUAGAAAAGAACAGUGAUAUCGUCCACAUGAUUAGCUAUGCUCCGCUUUUCGUGAAUGCGAACAACAGGAGGUGGAACCCAGAUGCAAUUGUAUUCAACUCCUUUCAGUCUUAUGGAACUCCUAGCUACUGGGUGCAGAAGUUUUUCUCAGAGUCAAGCGGAGCAACACUUCUUAAUUCAUCACUUCAGACAACAUCUUUCUCACUUGUUGCAUCAGCAAUUUCUUGGCAAGAUUCUGCAGAUAAGAAAAAUUACAUCCGAAUAAAGGUUGUGAACUUUGGAAGCACGGGGGUGAAUCUUGAGAUUUCUGUCAAUGGACUGGACCAAUACUCUGCAGAGUUAAGUGGGGCAACAAAAACUGUGCUCACAUCUGCUAAAGUAAUGGAUGAGAACUCCUUCUCUCAGCCCAAAAAGGUGGCGCCAAUGCAAAGUGCACUUCAGACUGCUGGGAAGGACAUAAAUGUGGCACUCCCACCAUAUUCAUUCUCUUCAUUUGAUAUAUUGAAAGCAUCCAAUACUCUGGAGAUGCCAGGGAGCGAUUCUCCCACAAGGUCUUCUAUUUGAAGUGUCUAGAUAUUUAAACUAUCGUUAAAAAUAAAAGGGGGAAAGGGAAGGAGGGUAUUCACACGCAUGGUCUUGUGCAGUAAAUUCCCAUUAACUGUACUAGUUGGCAUCUUUGCUAGCCUCUUACUUAUGUAAUUGACCCCUUCUAUGUUGUAAAUAAAAAUUUGUAUGGUUUCAGCUUUAUAUAGCCCUGUUUCGAAUUUAUUUA